AUGGCUGCGAACAGCUCACUGGUUUAUGAUGCUUUAUUAUCGGCAAAAUUCAAGGUGAUUUUUGCGGAGAUCCUGGUGUUGGUUUUUCUUUGCAUCAACCUGUUGCUCAUUGUGAUCUAUUUUAAGAAGGAGUGUUUCCACACAACUGCACGCUACAUCUUAUUUGCUGUUACAUUGCUGUCGGAUAGCCUGUUGUUAUUCAUAACUGAUUUGCUGCUGUUCUUGACUUUUUUUUAUUUGAAAAUGCAGGUAUGGAUGUGCAUUAUCAUCGUUGUUUUAAUUAUACUUUAUAUUACAGUCACACCCGUCACUCUGACAGCAAUGACUCUGGAACGAUAUGUGGCCAUUUGUAUGCCGCUGCGUCAUGCAGAGCUCUGCUCCACGCGUAGCACUAUGAACUGUAUCCUCAUCAUUCACUGCAUCAGCGCUGUACCCUGCAUUGUUAUUCUGUCUGCCUUCUUUGCAUCUGCCUCUCUUAGCUUCUAUAAAGAAGAGAGAAUAUGCACUGUGGAGGUGUUUAUGCUUCAUGAGUGGCAGGAUCACCUUAGAUCAGCUAUCAGUCAGUUUUACUUCUUCAUCAUGUGCAUCAUUAUCAUUUUCUCCUAUGCUAAAAUAAUGAAAGUGGCCAAAGCUGCAUCAGGAGAGAAUAAAAAGUCAACACAGAAAGGGCUCAGGACAGUGGUUCUUCACAGUUUCCAGCUGUUGCUCUGUCUCAUCCAGCUGUGGUGUCCAUUCAUAGAAGCUGCUAUGUUUAACAUUAAUUUUAAACUGUUUGAACAUAUCAGGUACUUUAACUACAUUGUGUUUUAUAUUGCUCCAAGAUGUCUGAGUCCUCUCAUUUAUGGUCUCAGAGAUGACAUGUUCUUCCGUGCACUGAAAAAUUCUCUUCUCUCUCAUAAAAGAAAUUUGAUUUGA